GGUCGGGGCGGGGGUGGGGCCGGGGUCCCCGCCCGUGGCCCCCGAGGACGCCGAGCUGGCCCUGGCAGGCAUCAACAUGCUGCUCAACAACGGCUUCAAGGAGUCCGACCGGCUCUUCAAGCAAUACAGGAAUCACAGUCCAUUAAUGAGCUUUGGAGCCAGCUUUGUCAGUUUUUUGAAUGCUAUGAUGACAUUUGAAGAAGAAAAAAUGCAGCUGGCAUGUGAUGACUUAAAAACUACUGAGAAGCUGUGUGAGAGUGAAGAAGCUGGGGUUAUUGAAACGAUCAAAAACAAAAUUAAGAAGAACACCGAUGUCCGAAAAUCUGCUUCGUCAAUGGUCGAUCGACUUCAGAGACAAAUAAUUGUAGCUGACUGUCAAGUAUAUCUGGCUGUACUGUCUUUUGUGAAACAGGAGUUGUCAGCAUACAUAAAAGGUGGGUGGAUCCUUAGGAAAGCCUGGAAGAUUUACAAUAAGUGCUAUCUGGACAUUAAUGCCCUUCAGGACAUGUGUCAGAAGAAGCCAACCGAAGAAUCCUUGACUUCUGACGCUGCAAAUGAGAAUCACAUUGCUGCCGAAGGGGUUUCGGAGGAGACUCUGAACAGACUGAAAGGUGCUGUUAGCUUUGGAUAUGGACUUUUUCAUCUUUGCAUAUCCAUGGUACCCCCAAACCUGCUCAAAAUCAUCAACCUGCUGGGUUUUCCUGGAGACCGCCUACAAGGGCUUUCUUCACUGAUGUAUGCAAGUGAAAGUAAGGACAUGAAGGCCCCUUUAGCUACAUUAGCUCUUCUGUGGUACCACACUGUUGUGCGUCCCUUUUUCGCUCUGGAUGGCAGCGAUAACAAGGCCGGCCUGGAAGAAGCUAAGGAGAUUCUUCUGAAAAAAGAAGCCUCUUAUCCAAAUUCCUCCCUGUUUAUGUUCUUCAAGGGACGAAUACAGCGAUUAGAGUGUCAAAUCAACAGUGCCUUGACUUCUUUCCACACGGCUUUGGAACUUGCCACAGAUCAGAGAGAGAUUCAGCAUGUCUGCCUCUAUGAAAUUGGCUGGUGCAGUAUGAUAGAACUGAACUUCAAGGAUGCAUUUGACUCCUUCGAAAGGCUCAAGAAUGAGUCCCGUUGGUCCCAGUGUUACUAUGCCUACUUAACUGCAGCGUGUCAAGGAGCCACUGGUGAUCUGGAUGGGGCACAGAUUGUUUUCAAAGAAGUUCAGAAGCUGUUCAAACGGAAAAACAAUCAAAUCGAGCAGUUCUCAGUUAAAAAGGCAGAGAGGUUUCGGAAACAAACACCAACCAAAGAGCUCUGUGUGCUGGCGUCCAUUGAAGUGCUGUAUUUGUGGAAGGCCCUUCCUAACUGUUCUUUUCCCAACCUGCAGAGGAUGAGUCAAGCUUGUCAUGAAGUUGUGGACUCCUCUGCCGUUGGAUUAAAGAAUCUGCUUCUUGGUGCCAUACAUAAAUGUUUAGGGAAUUCAGAAGAUGCUAUUCAGUUCUUUCAGCGAGCUGUUAAAGAUGAAUUGUGUCGCCAGAAUAAUUUAUAUAUCCAGCCAUAUGCUUGCUAUGAGCUCGGUUGCCUUCUGUUAGAUGACCCAGAGACUGCGGCAAGAGGCAGAACUCUGCUUCUACAAGCAAAGGAGGAAUUCACUGGCUACGAUUUUGAGAACAGAUUACAUGUUCGAAUUCAUGCCGCUUUAGCCUCAAUGAAGGAAGUGGUCCCGCAGUGACAGACCAGAAAUCAGGAUUUCUCCCACCCACACAGUUUCCGCACUUUAAGACAAAAGCAGAGGGAAAAGCUCUUGGAAAGAUCGGCUUUUCUUCUGCAGACCACCUGUGCCAGAUACCUUCUAAAAUUUUUGAAGUUAGGCUGACACAUUCACAUCUCUUCUAAACCAGUACCUUUCUUGUUGUUUUGGUUUUUAAAGCAAAUUUAGUCAGCCAGUGAGAGAGUUAAGUGUCCUUGUGCAAAUUCUUUAGGUUGUAUUUUUGUUGAUUUUCAAAUCCGAUUUUUCUUUUUAAAACAAAACUGAAUAUGGUUGACCUGAAAUCCUGAAGAACCACCUACUAUUAAGCACAUAUCUGAUAGCUUUAACAGAUACUUACUAGUAAAAUUAUGCUAAGUAGAUUGAAAAUUCUCACACCUCUUAGAAAAUAGUGUUUUUCCCUGGAGCAAGCCCAAAUACCUUUCAACUCAAUGAAUGCAAUUCAAAAUAUUGUCCCCAAAUUGUUUUCCAAAAGAAAUUUUCUUUUUCUCUGAAGCCAACCCAAGCCAAGGGAUUCAGAAGUUGAUCGUGUAACCAGGGCAAUCUGUUAGGCUGACUUAAAUGGAGGGUUUAACCUAAUGGCUUGAUCUGGGAGAGAUGUUAGAGUUCUUGUAGGAUUUUUUCCUUAAUUUUGGAAUAGCUUUCCAUCUUCCCCUUUCUACAGUGUUUCACCCCAUUCUUCUGCAUUACUUAGUAGGGCUUAUUGAAUUAAUGGGUGGUUUUUCAGGGGGGUUUUCAUGAUUUUUCCUUGGAAAUAUUCUAAAUGGUUAGUUAGGUUGGUAGGAUAGAUGUUACCAGAAUUUAACUGGUUUUUUUUUUUAACCUCAGGUUGCUAAAUCUUGGAAGAGAAGGGAGAAUCAAAAGCAUUGUAAAAAUCCCUCUUUUACUAAGUUUUAAUCUUCAGUUCACCUUACUUCUUUCCACAGGCCCGCCCCCUUGUGGAAUUGAAGUUUAUAGAUACCUCAGUCAAUUUUAAGAACCUGGUAUCAUGACUGUGUCACCGACUUGGCCCAAAGUGAAGUUUGCUUUUUAAUUCAUUCUGAGCACUUCUUUAAUAAUACCAUUUUAUCCACGAAGCAAUCGGGUCAUACAAGGUCGAUUUUUUUUUUCUAACACGUUAAGCAAAGAGGAGACUCUGGCUGGGAUGUUGGUGAAUUGAGGCCUAGGGGGUUGACGCUAGAAUGGCAGGGGUGGUGAGGUUGGGUUAUGCAGUGUCCGUUUUCCCCCUUGGAUCAAACCACCAUUAUACAUUUCCUCGUCUCCGUUUCUGCCCGAGUUGGAGCGGAGCCUUUGCUCCUCACCAGAUGGCUUCAACAGUUGCAGCCCGCAUCAAACUACAGCAAAAGACAAGGGCAGUCGAGUCACCAAGCGAUAGGAUUCCACAGCCAAACCUGGUUUUCCUAAUGGAAAUUCCCUGGCUUCGUCCAGGUGGAGGCGGAAAGAUUCUGACUCUUUAGGCUAUCGUGUGACUUUCCUCACCUCAUCAUCUAUCUAUGGCGGUAGCAAAAGUGUUUCUUUGGACCAGAUUCAUGGGCGUUCUAAGUCUCGGAGCUCUCGCUUCUGUGUUUAUUCUUCCUUGAAUAUAUCAGUUCAGAUAAGUAGCAGUAGGGUUACUAUUCUCUGUGUAAAGAUUACUUAUAAUCCUGAUUGUGAUUUAGAAGUGGUUUUGAUGUAGUUGAAUUUGGUUUUGUUUCUGCAUCAGAUGCUUUUUAUUUUUGUUUCUAAGUUCAGGAUCAGUCCACUCUGCUUGACACACUUGCCCCUGGGUUUUCUUUACACCCCACGUAUCAAUCUGAAAGUCAUUCAUGCUCAGGUUCACCUUAGAAUGCUCCUGCAGAUUGCUUGUGCUGGCACUAUUGAAUUCUGAAAAACCCCCAGGUUAGCAGAAUGCACUGUGAGUUUACAGUCAGGCUUAAGGAAUGCUCCAUAAAACGUGACAGAGCCUUCAGGGUUGAAAUGAUGUCUAAAAGGGGUUAUCCAAUCCGUGUACUAUGACUUAUCCAACCUAUGUAUUAUGACUGUGGACCUGUUCUGUAUAUCUCAGUUCUGUGUAAAUCACUUCUUUUCCCACCAAUCCAGAAAAUAAUCACUCGAGUGGAACUGACUGUAUCUUUUGUGUGUUUCUUUUUCUGUUGUUUAUACCUUCCCCUUUCUGCACAAUGGGAUCGCUGUGAUUUAUAAAUGUACACUCUUUUUUUAUGUUAGUUGGUGCCUGUGAUGAGAGGUCUCAAAAUGUCUUGUGUGUGAUUCGGGAUCGACUGGGUACACUGACACACUCGGAGGCAUGAUCUAAUAGCAAUAAUAGAAUCUGCAUCUUGCUGGAUAAUAUCUAGUUAACGUUUUCCUUUUACUAGUCAGGUAUCUUUCUGUUUUCAGUCGGUUAUGUCUAAGUCUUCUAAUGAGUCAAGAACUAGAAUUUUUAGCUGGCACCGAAAAUUAAAAUCUCGAUUGUGGUGUAUUGUAAAAGUCACUAAUUUACAGAACUUGCAUUUUUAUAUUUCUGCCGAGUAAAGCUUAAGGAAAGCACA